AUUGAACACAAGUAUGAUGCGCUCAGUAAUACCAUCUGUAAUACUAGCUGCCGCAUCCCUCAGAAGCUCGGCAUUCUCAGGACUUCUUAGCGUGGGCUUAGAAAAGUUAACCAGAAUUCCUUGCAUACAUUGCAUAACAAGCAAUUUACCUCAUUACGUAACAGAAGCCGACAGUCAAUCGGGGUCUCAGCCCAUUGGCCCGCCAACUGGUAUAAAGUUAUUGAAAAAAGAGAAGCGGCUAGAGCUUACAUACUCGGACGGAGCGAAAGUGCGACUGCCAGCGGAGUUGCUGCGCGUCUGCAGUCCGAGCGCUGACACCCGACGCGUCAACGCUCACAGCGGCCGUGUCCGGGUGGUUUCGGGCCGGCGUCAUGUUGGGAUAAUGUCCGUGGAGCCUGUCGGCAACUACGCCAUCAGGAUUCACUUCGAUGACCUGCACAGCAGCGGCAUAUUCACGUGGAACUAUCUGGCGCACCUGGGGGGUCCUGGCAGGUGGCCAGCCAUGCGGGAGUACCUGAGGCUCCUUCGUGAGGCAGGCGCCAGCAGGGACCCCAGGCCGCGGUCAACCAGGACGACAACAGCAGCUGCAGCAGCAGGGAAAGAAGUUGCGGCAGCGAAGACCGCAGCACCGCCGCCGCUGCCACAAGAGGAGCUCCAGCAGCAGCCCCAGCAGCGGUAACAAAGGGAGUAAAAACUGCGUUCCGCCAAGUGAUGCGCCCGACGUGCGACUCGCUCCUGCGGGGCUCCACGGGCAGUCGGGGCCCGCUGGGUGGACGCAGCAAUGUGACGGCGGUGAUUGACACCAGCAUACUCACCGCGGACCCAUUCUCCUCGCCUCCAUUUAAAUCAUAGCCAUCAGCAGCAGCGUCAGGUGUAGCACCAGGAGCGGUAGCUCCAGACUCCCUAGGAGCAACGGCAUUCAUCCGCAAUAGCAGCACCAGUAUCCGGCGAGCUACAAGUCAGGCGGAACGAGUGGGCAGAGGAGUCCUACAGAGGAGGCCAAACAGUGCGGGGAGAGGGGGCAGCCGGGAUCCGCGCAGACUGACUCGGCAGCAAGACAGGCUUGCAAUUGUUCCGCCGAGCACCAUCCCACCAGUCGACAGCGGCCCGCUCAUUGCCAGGCAGCAGGGGCUACCGGGUAAUCAGCAGGCGUGGGGUGGAACCAAGCCUUUGUCAGGAUGGGCAGCAACACCGCAACAACGGCAGGAGGAGCAGCAGGAGAAGCAUUGGCAGUGAUAUCGCUCGCUUGAAGUUUAAGCGGACAGGCUGGAAGCCGAGAGGGGAAUGGGUUGGUAGCCGGCGGAUUUGACGGGUGCUAUUGUGGUGACGGGUGUGACGGAAAUUGGCGUGGGGUUUGCCGGUGGGUCGAGAGCCGUGAAGAACGCCUGGAGCAGCUGUUGCGUGAUGAUGGGGAAAAGGAAGAUUUUAAAGUAUUUGCCAGGACUCGGCGGACAAGCCUAACAGCAUAUUUGGGGAGAAGUUGCAGUGGCAAGGCAGUUGAGCGGAAGAGCGGGAGCAAGGUCGCUAUACACGGUUGCGGGAAUGGCAGAGAAGGGGUAAGGGAGGAUAAGUAGGACGAGGCACACCAGUAUGCAAGGAGCCACCGAGCACUGCUGGGGUUGUGCUUGGGGUGGUGGCUGUCCUUUGCUAGAGCGGUAAUGGUGUGGAACUAGUGGGCGAGUAGGCCCCACUUAUAGUCCGUCUUUGAACUGCUAUACUGCUGAUUAGCCUCUUAGUGCAGCCCUUCAGCUUUGUAAGGCCCUUAGACCUACGGUGUUUGUAUACAACACCAUCCGAACAACACUACACACAAGCGCGGUUAUCAGCCGCCAUCUGAUGUCCCACGGGUCCUGCAUGCAUAGCGUGUUUGCUGCGUGGUUCUGCUGCCCCUCACCAUUGCGACAGCAUGACAAGCCGUCAGCAAGCGAUACUGAUUGCAGGUUUAUAAUGUGUCAUGCCUAGAAUUUGGUAAUGCUUUGUUGGGUAGGGUGCACGGCAAUGGCGGUAGUGUAAGGCCGCAACCAUGCUGGUGGGUCGGAUGCGCAAGCGCACCCAUUGACCGCACCCCCUCAAAAUAUUGAAGUUAAUCGCA